AUGGGAAGAGCCCCUUCUUGUGCUAAAGUGGGAUUGCACAGAGGUCCUUGGUCUGCCAAAGAAGACAAAUGGCUCACUGAGUACAUUCAGGCACAUGGUGAAGGACAAUGGGGAUCUAUUCGCAAGAGAGCUGGAAUACUUAGAUGUGGAAAGAGCUGCAGACUAAGGUGGAUGAACUAUCUCCAACCGGGUAUCAAGAGAGGAAACAUCACCGCCGAUGAGGAAGACCUUAUUAUCAGGCUUCAUACCCUUCUCGGCAACCGUUGGUCUCUCAUUGCCGGAAGACUACCUGGCCGAACCGACAACGAGAUCAAGAACCAUUGGAAUACCCAUCUUCACAGGAGGCUCCAGAAAGGAGGAAUUGAACUGAAUGCCCAAAAGAAUGCAUUGAAACAAGAUAAAGAGCCAAAAAAGAAGAACAACCUCAGUACCACCACUCCUUCCGACAGCCAAAAGAAGCAGAAGCAGAAGCAGAACAGUAUUGGUGCCUCCACUUCCAAUGGUGAUGUCACUGGUAACAAACUCUAUAACCCAAAACCUAUUAGAGUCUAUGCUUCGUCAUCCUCACUGACAAAGAACAACAGUUUUGACUAUGCGUUAAGCACUUCUUCAUCGAGUCAUGAAGCUGAAAAAGAAGUUAAAACAGGAGCUUCAAAUCUACCUUGGCCAUUGUCUGAGCUCGAAGAUGGUGGCGAUGGAGGAGUUCAAUUUUUUGAUCAAGAUUCAGUCCAUAUAAAUAAUGAGUUGCUAAACAAGAUCUAUGAUGAGUAUCUUCAGCUACUUUAG